AUGGGUUUGCAUGAGGAAUCCGACUCGACGAUGACGCCAGCGAGCAGUGCUAGUGAAGGUGUUAGAUCCGAUGGUCCGUUUGAUUGCAAAGUUUGCGGGGCUCCCUCGAGCGGAGAGUUGUUUGGAGUUCAGUCUUGUAGGGCUUGUAAGUCAUCAAUUCAGUGUUGCUUGGAAAUCCGUUUCUACGUAUCUCUAACUAUGGUGCAAGGCUCAAAGUUGGAUGAUUUUAAAAGAAAAAAUAAGAUUGCUUUCUUUGUAAGACAUGUGAGAGAUUUCCAGCUUUAAAAACGGUUAAAAUUUACAGGGGAAGUACUCCAAAUGCGACGCUCAGAUUUUGAUGAAACUUGGCACAGAUUUAGAAUAAUUUUUUCUAAAAUAUAUGCGAGAAUCCUAGCUCGCACUUUGCAGAAACAACCGAGAUUUUUAGGUCGAAAGUCGGCGAAAAGUUGACACCUUUUGCCGAAUUUCGGCACGAAAAGUUUCGUGCCUAUUUCUACAAUAGAGGGUAAUGUUUUCACAAAAAAUCUUUUUUUUCCGAGCGAAACUGGCAAAGUUAUGGCCAAAAAGUGUUUUUUUCUCUAACCGUUCUCCGCGUUUAGCGUACUCUCUCAUCGGCAAAGAUCGUUCAAUAUCUCGGCGGCGCUUGUAAAUGGCAAGCUAAAACUUUCAGCAAUUGAUGCUUAGUUCAUGUCCGAUGUGUGUGCAAAAUUUAAAGAAAAUGUGAGCGUUACACUUGGGGUAUUACGCUUUUUCAAAAGUGCAGACACAUUUUCCGGCUUUUUUUGCACCGCACAGUGCAAGUUUCGUGUUCCCCGCGCGACGCGAUCCGAUUCGAAACAUUUUGCACUGUGCAAUUUCAAAAAAAUUCGCGCCGGCUCCGUUGAGAAAAGCUUGCGUCGCAGCGAUAUCCGGUUGCACAGUGCAAAAGAUCAAAAUGCACCCCGCAAAAGGGGGUUUUGUGCACGGUGCGGCCCACGACAAAAUGUGUCUGCACUUUUGAAAAAGCGUAAUACUUUCCUUGUUAGCUUAUCUGUUCUAAAAAGAGAGCCAAAUGUUAUACGAACACAUUUCCCAAUUUUUCAGGCGGUGCAUUUUUUCGCCGGACGGUUGCGGAGAAAAAGAAGUACAGAUGUAAUCAUGAAAAGCGGAGGGAAAUUACGUCAGGUAGGAUAGGCUCGAGAUAGCUGAACGAUGACAAAUGUUUCGUAACAUCGCCCACUCGAUGAUGAAAUUUGGAUAUUUCAGAGAUUCGAAACUUUUGCCGGAAAUGCCGAUUCGACAAGUGUUUAAAAGCCGGAAUGAGGGCAGAGAGUAAGUAGUUUUUACUACAAAGAUAACAGCAUAAAGUUCAUUAUGUACACUACAUACGUAUGUAUUUCUUAAGAAGUCCAACUGACCCGUGACAAGACUCGAAACAUCAUAAGUUCAAUUGCGACGUCAAAAAAAAUAUGGCCGAGCCCUCCGGAGCCUCGUAUUUUGGACCGUCUCAUGGAGGGUUACAAGUUGUAUACCAACGCUCACAAGUCAAUAUUCGCUGCAAUGUACCCAGAACUCACGUUUGCGGAUGCCGCUCCGAUGGUUGAGAUCCCAAUCUUUGAGAAAUUACAACUGGACAAGGCCAUCAUGCCGAACAUUUACAUCGUGCUCAGAGACUUCUUUUCGCCGUACGCGGCGAAGAUGGCGAGCGCGGACAAAGUGAGCAUUAGGAAUACUGUAUUCAAUAGUGAAGGUAAUAAUACUGUAUUCCAUUCAGAAAGAUGUCUCCAAGAUCUUCAUACGGCGCUUCAUCCAAAUGGACCGCGCCUACCUGACGUCGGUCUACUUCCCGGAGGAUGCGGACGAUCGGAUAGCCAACUCGCACAACCACUUCAUGCGCUACAAGAACAUCAAGUUCGCGGAGGAAGAGGAUGACUUUAGGAAGAUCAUGGACCAUAAUCUUACGGGGUAUAUAGUAAUUCAUAAGUAACGGUUUUGAGAUUGAUCCAUACGUACGCAAAACUUGAUAUUUUUAGGGCCUUUACACCCUAUGGAAAACGGAUGAGAAGGUUAUGCAAAAAAGUGAAGAAACUCCGGCUGGAUGUGGCGGAAAUGGUGGGAGUUAUGGGGAUUCUAAAUUGUGAAGAAGGCAGGUGACCGUUUGAUAAAUAUAGCGUAUGCUUACAAGGAAAGUACCCCAAGUGGGACGCUCAGAUUUUCUUUAAAUUUUGCACACAUGUCAUGAACUAGGUAUCAAUUCUUGAAAGUUUGAGCUCGCGCUUUGCAAGCGCCACCGCGAUACUGAACCGUCUUUGCCGCCAAGAGAGUACGCCAAACGCGGAGAGCGGUCAGAGAGAAAAACGCUGUUUGGCCAUAACUUCGCUAGUUUCGCGCGGAAAAAAUUGAUUUUUUGUAGGAACAUUACGCUUUACGGUAGAAAUAGGUAUGAAACUUUUCGUGCCGAAAUUUGGCAAAAAGUCCGCAAUUUUCGUCGAAUUUCUAUCUAAAAAUCUCGGUUGUUUCUGCAAAGCGCGAGCUAGCAUUCUCGCAUAUAUUUUAAGAAAAAUUGUUCUAAAUUUGUGCCAAGUCUCAUCAAAAUCUGAGCGUCGCACUUGGGGUAUUUCCCUGGUUAAAAAAAAAGAACCCAUUGUUACUAAAGUGUCUUUACAAUUAGUCGCAAACUUCCCAAACAUACGAUAAUUCCAGUUUACAUCCGAACAAGUUGUAAGCAAGCCCUGGAAGAGAGGGGUCAGCUGCUGAAAGAGUUGCACAGCUACAUCCGAAGGAAAGGCUUUCCCGACUCGGACAUUCGGUUUGGCCAGUUACUCUUGCUGAACAGAGACGUGGAGCUAGUCGCAUUAACGUUUUGGGAGUGCAUUUAUUUGGGAAUGGUGACUGACGACGGCUACAAAGAAAAAAUCGAUCAGCUGAGGGAGUUGCUGGAGAAAUUGUAA